AGAACUGAUUGAUUUUGGCAGAUUUAAACUUAAACAUAUCUGGAUAGUAUUUAUUUAAAGGGCCACUAGUAGUCUGCGGUGGUUAGGAGUCUAGGAAUAGCGAGUCUAGCGUAGUUAAGGGAGUUUAGAGACUGCUCUGUGCCUUUGCUACAUCCGAGUGGAUACAGUUUUUCAAGGAUGCUGGCAUCCCUGCUGGUCUGGCUGUUCACUACGCAGUCUCUUUCGUUGAUAACAGAAUUCAGAAGAACAUGCUGAUGGACCUGAGUAAGGAGUUCAUGAUGGACCUGGGGAUCACAGUGAUCGGAGAUAUCAUUGCCAUCCUGAAACACGCCAAAGUGGUUUAUAGACAGAUGAAAAGCGCAGAUUGGAACUCUCCUCCUUCUCCUCCUACUCGACCCAGCAUGGAAUCCAGGACUGGAGGCACUUUCAGGAAGAGAGACCCUGCAGAUGAUAUGUGUAAAAUGGCAACUGAGGCAAUAUCAUCGGGUCAAACAACCAUUCAGGCAGAACUCAGAAGAAAUGCCAACACCCCUGCGACCCGGAUGAUCGCAAACAGUCUGAGCCAAGACUCUCCCCCACCCACCCCCGUCAGGAAACCCGACAACAGACUGUCCGUCACCGUGUCCAAUAAGCAGGCCAAAGCGGGUAUGCCAGACGCGGGGCCCGAUGUUUCGGUGAAGCGACGGCGGGUCACUGCGGAGAUGGAGGGUAAAUACAUCAUCAACAUGCCGAAGGGGACCACGGAGCGAACCAAGAGGAUCCUGGAGGAGCAGGCAGAGAUAGAAAAGGGUAUUUAUCGAACCUCUGUGUUUGAGAGACUCGGAGCUGAAUCCAAGGCUGAUGCCACUGUGGGAAGCAAGCCCACGGGGGUGUUCAGCCGGUUGGGAGACGCGACGGGUGAGAGCAAGGAGGAGGAGGACGAGAAGGCAGUGGAGAGCGACGGGGAAGGCUCCGUGCUUCAGUACGCCGGGGUCCUGAAGAGAACAGCACAGCCUGCCAGGAAAACCCCGGCCAAGGCCAGCCCUGCUUCCCUGACCACGGCCAAGACCAGGACUGCCCUCCCGGCUCGCAGACCUGCCCUCAUGGCUCGCAGACCAGCCGUCGUCACCUUGAAACGCCUGGGCAAGCCUGCCAGGGCCCUGGCAACCUGCACUGCCACAGACAAGCCAGAGCCUGCUGCCAAGGUCAGCGUGCUGCAGAGGCUGGGCAAGCCCUCCAGCCCACAACCCGACACCCAGGACAGCAGGGUGACCAGCACCAAGAGCAAAGGGUUCACCGUCACCAUCAACCGGGGGCUGGGCAGCGCCAAGGUGAGCAGCAGCACCGGGGAGUGCCAGGGGGCGCAGAUGGACAGUGCUGGCUCUGUCAGUGUCUUCAAGAGACUGGGCCUGAAGAACACCUGACUGCCUCGCUGCGUCCUGCGCUUUUAAUAAUGUUUAUCAGUUUUACAGAUGCCUGAGUUUUUUUAUUAUGAGGGGAAAAAGAAACAAAACAACAUGCAACGAUAAAGGUGUACCACUUUAAUUUUUUACAGCAAAUUUGGAUUUAAUGGUUCUAUAUAUUCAAUACAGUGACAUGUCCAUAUUGUAUUGUCUAUUCAGCUACCCCCGUGGGAAGUUGGCUGGCUCACUAUUUGAACCCAUUUAACUAGUAGUAAAUGGAAACCCUGACAACUAAUUACAACAAACCCUGUAGUGCUGCAAGGCUCAAGUUGGCAUGUAAAUUUCUUUUUUUUGUUUGAUUUUUCCCAAUUGUGGUGGUCUGAUUUUUUUAUAAAUUUGCAUUGUCAAGUGUCUUACACAACGUGGUAUUUAAGAGGCUGUAAAAAUGUGUUUUGGAAUCUCACCAUAAGCUGCAAUGAGAGUGGCUCAUCAAAUUGUCGUGUAUGUAAAACAUCACUAACUCUGAAAACAUUGGCACGGAUUUCAUAACCCCAUCAGUUUCAAGACCGCAUUUAAGCGAUGUAAGCCAGUCCAGAUUUUCUGUCAACCUUAAGUGAUUUAAAGGUUUUGAUCCUGAUUUAAAAUAAUAAAAAAAAACAUGACAUGUUUGGUUUUUCUAGAGUUUAUAUAAUGGGUGAUUAAAAUAUCCCUGGACAAAUGGACAGGUUUGAACAGUACUUAAUUCUGUGUUCAUCCUGUAUGUUCGACCAGUUGUCUGGUGGUUUCUGAAUCCCCCUCUACUGCCCUAAGUGCUCAAGUGAGUAUUUAAACAGUGAUGAACUUACUGUCAUGCUUCGCUGUCAGUUGAAUCUUAUGACUUCCACUGUCUGAAGGCAUUUCUGUAGCUUCUUCCACAUCUGAAGCACACAUUGUGCAUUCGGAGAUGCUCGCUGAGAGCUGUGCACCCUGCACGUACUCUGCAAUUACUUGUGCAUCAGGCACUAGAGCUGUAGUGGUCUGCUGUUUUGAAUGACGUUAGUUUUUCCGAAAUGCAGGUCUGCAGUUUUAAAUAGUUAAUAGUAAGUGGUGGCUCAUCACCAGAACCUUGCUAAAAGGGUUGCCUCUUUGCAAUGACCUUGGAGAGGCGUAGGUGUAUACAGUACAUGCAGUCAUAUUUCUUUUUAUUUAUAGUGUUUGUCUCUUGAACAAACGUGUCUUGUUACAAGAAAGUAAUUCCACGGAUGUCUUGAAUCACUCUGUUUAUCUCGGAGGGAAGUCUCCUGUCUGCUCUGCUGUUGCUGCUUGUGUGUUUGUGAAGAGGAGCUGGAGUUCAUGGGAGUGGUUAAUUUUCAUUGUUUUUCUCUAGAAGUGACCCUGGGAGUUUGUUCUUGUAACAGAGCUGGGAGCCCAGACUAUUCACAUUAACACAGUGCUGGGGCAAGUAUUGGAACAAACACCUGUGAAAUAUAAAUAGGCUAAAAUGAUCACAUUCACCAUUUUCAAACAUAAUGGAAACACUUUACAUUAAAAAAUACAAGCUGUUGACUUCUCAUAGAAUUUGAAUAACUGCUUACUUUUUCUUGAGAAAUUAUUUCUACUGAUCAAAGUAGCCAUGAUUCAUAAUGAAUUCUUGAAUAAUAGCUAUUCCAUUGGAAUUCACAUGGAUUUGCAAUUUUGUUUUAUUUUAAGCUGUACCCAACAUAAUUUAUGUACAUUUGUAUACCAGCUAUUAUCAUAACAUUUCUGCCCUUGUGAAGUUAGACUAUUGGUACCAGGUUUUACAGGAUAUGUAUUAAACAUCUGUAAUAAAAUUUUUAAAAACA